GGUAGGUACUGACUGUUAUCUUAACAACAAAACUCUGUUUAGAUUUGGAUUUUUUCAGGUCAGAAGCUUCCCUGCAGAAAAGCAAGAUGUUUAGAGUUUUCUUCUUCUUCCUCACCAUCUCGAUGGCAAGGACGGCGGCUGUUCCUCUGAAAGCAGAUGACAGUGAAAACCAAAUCAAUGAGGACAUGGAUGUCACAGAAAUCAUCUCCAAAGCAAACGAAGGCAUAAAGACUCCACUGGUCCACGGUGACAUUGCUCCGAGCAAAUUGAGGAACGCAGACCCAUGCACCGCCACCGGCUGCAAAUGGCCCAAAACUGGAAAAUAUGUCUACAUUCCCGUCUACAUCUCCAGAUCUUACUCCACGGCAGAGCGUAACAUCAUCAUCAAUGACCUGGUGAGCUUCCACGCCUCGACCUGCAUUCGCUUUGUCUGGAGGACUUCAACACGGCAAAGGGACUUCCUUCACUUCUACUCAGGAUCCGGGUGCUGGUCCAACCUGGGCCGUCAGCGUGGAGCACAGUUUGUGUCUCUCAGGAAAAAUGGCUGCAUGCAUCACUCCAUUGUGCGGCAUGAGAUCAACCACGCUCUGGGCUUCCACCACGAACAUGUCCGCUCUGACAGAGACUCCUUCGUCCAGGUCCUCACCCAGAACAUCAUCCCAGGGAACGAACACAACUUUGAGAAGGUGCAGACUAACAACCUGGGCACUCCCUACGACUUCAACUCCAUUAUGCAUUACUCCAAGACCGCCUUCUCCAGAAACGGCCAACCGACUCUCCUUUCCAAAGCUAAUCCUUCCCUCAACUUUGGAAGAGCCUCAUCGAUGAGCGUCAACGACAUCGCCCGCAUCAACAGGCUCUACGGAUGCUGUGAGUAA